AUGGACACUCGACGUCCCAUCAGAGAUACUGCUGAGCCGAAAGUGCUUUCAGUAGCUUUCAACAACGAUUGUACCCGAUUCGCCUGUGGUUUAGAUGAUGGCCUGAGAGGUGUGCAUCCAGCCAGAUAUGAGCCUGGCCAUCAAACAAUGACUAACCAUAUCCAAUANGUUUUUCGGGCCAAGGACUGCAUAAGAACAAUCAAGCAAGGCACGUCUAUACUUUUGUAUCAAGAGACCAGGUGUCUGACUACUACUNNAGCUCCUCGACCUGGACAUGGCCUUGCCAUAGUAGAAGUCUUGGAUGAUAGAUACGCAGCCCUGGUGGGUGGCGGAAGGCUGCCAAACUCAUCGCCUAACAAGCUCGAGUUCUGGGACCUUGUCGAAAAGAAGAACUUGAAGGAGCUCAACUUUGGCGAACCCAUCAUUGCCGUCCGGGUCACCACCAAAUAUUGUAUCGUCGUCUUAGUAGAUCGCACUAUAUCUUUGGCGUACACCAAGGACUCUGAGACCGGCACUGUCAAUUUAGGCAUUGUAAAAGCACUGUACCGUACCGCAAAGAAUCCUUACGGCCUCUGCUGCAUCAGAGGCCACACUCUAGCACUGCCUGGAGAAACGCCUGGACAAGUUCAGGUGCUGACCUUGACUUCCAAGGACAAGAAGGUCUUCAAGGCUCACGAGCAACCAUUGAGGCAGAUGGCUAUCAGUAGAGACGGAACCAUCAUCGCCACAGCCAGUUCACAGGGUACCAUAAUCCGCAUCUUCAGCACUACGGACCCAACAAAGUCGACCGAGUUGCGUCGAGGCCUAGAGUCUGCAUCGAUAUGGGGCCUCGCUUUCUCACCAUCUGCACAUUUCCUCGCCUCCACAUCAGACAAAGGCACAUUACAUAUCUGGGACCUGCGUGCCCCGAAAGCACCAGAGGAACGCAGUCGACAACCUUCCGACCAGCGAAAACGCAAUUCCGUUAGUCGUGGCAAUCAUGACUACGACACAAUAUCUCAUACCUCUGGCUCUUCGUCACCAUUGCCUGGCGCCGUGGCCACAGCAACAGGAGGUUAUAUGCUACCUCCACCAGACCUGCGUCACGCACCACCCGCCUCUGCACCUUCACUCGGAUCAAUGCUUAGUGGUCUAGCUAAAGGCACAAGAUCGUCGACAUCAAUCGAAUUUACCAUCGGCUCAGAUCCACCAAACUGGCAAGGACAGCCACGUUACACUAGUACUACGUUGCCCAAUGGACAAACAGCCAAACUCAAGGUCGACAACGUGGCUGUUCCUGGUAGACCGGAUGGCAAACCGCCAAAAGGAGUGAUUGCUUGGGAUCCGGAAGGUGGAAAUAGGAGGUUAUGGGUUGUGGAAGGUGGAGCAGAUACUAGAUGGGAAGUAUUCGAAUUGGCGGACGAUCUGGCCACGGGUGGUGUCAAGAUUGGAAGUACGGGCUUCAGAAAUUAUCUCACUAGGCAAUUUCCUGAGAGAAGCUGA